AUGGAAGCCAAAUCAGCUGAGCUUUUGGCGGCGUUCAAGAACCCCAACCUGUCUGUCGAUGCCAAGGUCGCCUACCUGUCUAGCGUCAAGUCUGAUAUCAAGCAAAAGAAUGUCCCAGAAGGAGCGAUUCGCUCGAUUUUCGAAACACUACGCCUCGCCAUCGGCUCUCAACACUACUCCGUACUCGGUGCAGGCUUCUCUACACUCGGUCAUUUCCUCAAACGCCUGAUUAUUCAAGACCAACAACAAUGGAUCGUCAACCAAGCACAGAACCUAUAUCCCACGCUUCUAGAGCGUCUGAACGACCAGAAAGAACGCAUCAGAGCCCAGGCUGCUUCUAUAUUCACCGAACUUUGGCCUUUUGCUGGAAAUGAAGUGGAGUACUACGUUCUCGAAGUUGCGCUGGUAGGGAAGAAUCAUAGAUCCAAGGAAAUGAGCAUGCUCUGGUUGGCAAAUAUGACAAAAAACCAUGGACUACUGUUCCGCCAAUAUGUCCCUUCUCUGGUCGCAUGUCUAGAGGACGCUGAUAGCGCCGUUCGAGAUACAGCUAAGUUGGUUGUGAUCGACCUGUUCCGCACCGGGCCGGCAAGAGCCAAGUCUGACCUGCAGAAACAAAUGGCGGCUCGUGGAGUGAGAAAAUCUAUCGCAAAUGCUAUUCUUUCAGGAAUUGGCAUUGGCUCUGUUGAGCCCGAGACUGCACCUUCUACGCGCCCAAUUUCUCGCGCUGAGCGCCCAAUCUCAGUAAUGUCAUCACGCUCACAUGCCAUGGAACACCAUGAAGACGAUUUUGAACCUGUUAAGAGUCGCCCAGCUUCAAGAGCUCACCGCGAGCGGCCAAUUACCUCCACCCCAGCAGAAGCACCCAUCAUUCACCGACCCCAGACACCAGCAGCCGAGAAACAUACCCCGCAACCCCCACCAGAAGACGAUGAUGGCUUGGAACCGUAUGAUCUUGCCUCGUCUCGUGACAUGGAUGACCUUGUGCGCGAUAUGCUGCCGUGGUUCGAUGGCAAAGAGUCAGAGGACAACUGGUCAAAACGUGAAAAGAACGCCAUCUUAUGGCGGAGGGUGACCCGAGGCAAUGCUCCGCAUGACUUCUCACAAGCUUUCUUGGCCGCAACGAAAACGCUUCUUGACGGCAUCUUCAAGGUUGUAAAUUCACUCCGGACCACCAUGUCGACAAAUGGAAGUUUGUUGAUUCAAGAUAUUGCCCGAACAUGUGGUCCUAAAAUUGACUCGAUGGUGGAGAUUAUCAUGCAGAAUUUGAUGAAACUUUGUUCGGGCCUGAAGAAGAUUGCUGCCCAGAAUGGAAAUGCCACCGUUGAUGCGGUUAUCGGCAAUGUCUCUUUUAGCAUUCGCCUUUUGCAGCACGUGGCCUUUGCGGCCCAAGACAAAAACGUCGGUGUUCGCCUAUUUGCCACAGGCUGGCUCAAAACCCUGAUCCUCCGGCAAGCUCAUCAUAAGAGUACCGUUGAACAUGGCGGUGGCCUUGAUCUGGUUGAGAAGUCCAUUGUCAAGGGACUGGGUGAUGCCAAUCCGGGUGUCCGUGAGGCAUCGCGGGGCACCUUCUGGACAUUCUUCGGCGUGUGGCCCGAUAGGGCCAAUGCGAUAGCAGACACGCUUGACGCCAAGUCGCGAAACCUACUGGAGAAAGACUCAUCAAACCCGAAUGCCGUCCUGAAAUCUUCAUCUGCGUUGCCAGCUAAGAGUCCCGCAAAGAGCCGUUCUGCUCUACAGGAAGCAAUUGCUGCACGAAAAAAGGCACAAAUGCCCUCUCGCCCAGAAUCAGCUCAGCCAGCUUUCUCUGAGGCCAAAACCCCUGCUCCAGCGCCAAAGGCUACUCGAACUGUGCCUACCGGCGCGCCCCUCUCCUCGCUAUCUUCAGCGCCUAUGAGACCUGGCAUGAAACCUAGACGGGCAGAAUUGAGUCGCCCUGCAACAGCAGAUCCUUACGCGCGCCGCCCGGAGUCACGGACCCAGACCACGCGCGAAGCUACUACUUCGCCCAGGGCUGUCAGGUCGAAAACAUCAACACCAACAUCGAAACCUCCUCCAGCUCCCCGUAACCGUCCCAAUGAGUCUACGCAGGCAGCAACAACGAAAGGGCGACCCAAAAAGCUUGACUUGUCAAAGUCAAAAUCUCACCACGACCUUGGCGCAGCAAACCGUCUUCGUAGUGAUUCCGCUGAAAGUCAAACAAACUACUCAUCUGUGAGAACUCCUCGUCAUGGCAGUGGUCUGAGCCCAACCGCAAUUCGUCAUUCUCCGGCACCUGUCAUGUUAGAAAGUCCCCCUCUUGUUGCAUCACAGCCUCUCUUGCACUCUGCGCCAGAUGGCCCUCAUGCUGGCUCGGUCCCUCUCGAAGAGUCCGAGCCGGAACCAAUGGUGUUGGAGGACCCGAUACAGGAGUCGAUCGAGGCACCAGCAGCUGCUGAGUCACCACAACAAGUUGUUCCUGAAGCAGUCAUUGAAGUACAUCACUCGCCCGAACGCUCAGGUAUGAUCCCUGUUCCUGCCUCGGAAUCCGCUUCCAGAAACCAACCAGAGCCGAUGGUCAUCUAUGAAGAUCCUGCUACACCCACUACAGCCGAACACGAAGAUCAUGAAGAUCAUGAAGACCAUAGUUUUGCAGCAUCAGUUGGAAUGGUCAGCCCCAAGACCCCUUCAAAGACCCCAUCAAAGACUCCUGCAAAGUCGCCAUCCAAAUCUCCUUUCAAGUCUCCUGGUCGCUUUGGUCAAAUCAAUUACGCUGAAGCGGAGGCAGAGCCCGUCUCCAGAGAACCUACAACUCCCGCUUUUGCAUCUGCCAGGAAGCCUAUUCCGGAUCUGCCCCCUAACCAGGAAGCAAUCAUGAACCAUGGAUUGCGGACCCCAUCUCCCACACGUCGAACGCCGCUUCAGCCUAGCCCGUCCCCCACUCGUGGCCGUGCUCCGCCGGCGGCUUCCAACGUGCUCCCAGAUAUGGAUAUUACAGUUCCCCAUGAGCCAAGCAUGGACUUUGCGGACGACCACGGCAACAACGAGAACGCCACUCCACGCCUGAGCAAGACUGUCGAUACACCCUCAAUCCCAAGGUCUGCGGCCAAGCCAACUGCCCUCGAGGAGGUCACGGCUAAUGAAAGCGUCCGACGCUCUCCUGAAGCCAGACAACAGCUGUCUGAAUCAUUCUCUCAGUCAACAUUGUCCCAGUCGGCGUUAUCUCAGUCGGCGUUGUCCCAGUCAACGAUGUCCGAGGACUCAUCUCGACGCACUCGGAAAUGGGUCGACCGUCAUCGCAGUCCUAGCCCGCGUUCCAAGGACCCUGUCAACGCGAAGGAAAUGAUCCACAAGGGCCUCGCCCGAAUCCAAUCCAAGACCAUGGAGCCGUCCGGCUACCGCAAGCUGCAGGGACUGUUCCAAUACCACGGCGAGGAGAUUGUAGCUCAAAACGAAGAUUACAGCGCCAUGCUGGAGGCUCUGCUCACCGAGCUAGAAGCGGCUCCCCAAAACCGCAAGGAUCACGAUGUGAAAACUCAAGUCCUAGCCACCAUUCGCUCCAUGCUUCUGCGCACUCGCGAGCAUUUCUCCCCCUAUGACACUCGCGCCAUGGCGGCUAUUAUCCGAGCCCGUCAGCACUACGAGUCUUCUUCGCACUUCGUCGUCGGCCUCGAAGAGGCAGUCGACAAACUCGUCUUCUUGACCACCGCCCAGACUGCGAUCGCGGGUGUCCUUCAAGCAUUGGACCUUGGAGAUGAGGGAGAGACUGAUGAGACGUAUCGGUCCACCAUCAUGGGUCUGAGCACUAUUCAGCAGUCGCUUACCCGACCUGGUACUGAGAUCUCCGAUGAGCUUCUGGCGAGCAUUGGCGCCGUGGUCAUGCAGAAACUCAGCCACCCGCGCCCGGGUGUUCGCAAGAACGCGACAGAGCUUUGCACUUUCUUGAACAUUACCUUUGGGUCGGAGCGCGUGCAGAAGGUCACUCAGCCACCUCGUGAGGGAUCCCUCAACCUACUCACUUACUUCAUGGCCCGUCGCACUCAGUGA